GCCACGCACGACCGCACCUCAUCAGUCGUAAUCGAUCGCGUGUCUAAAUAAUAUUAAGUACACACUUACACACGCACGCACGCACACACACUCACACUCGAACGCGUAAUAAUAUAAUAUCAACGCGUACACGUACAGGUAUACGUACGACGCACACGCACGCAUUCGCCUGUCACACCUCGAAAUAUAAGUCUGCUGUUAUUUUUUUUUCCCAUCUUUCUUUUAAUAAAACGCACACAAUUAAUGUUGUAAUAUUGUUAUAUUGUACCUACGCUCUCGAGAACUCGCGCGGCACACACACUCGACGACCGCGCGACGACGACGACGACGACGACGACAACGACGACGGCGUUUAUGCGAAUCCGUUUUAUUGUGUUUACGCGACAGUUGUAGUAGGUACGUAUACCUGCUUUGCUCGAUAUACCGAGUUACGCGACGGUAUACAUUAUUACAGUAAUAAACGCCUCAACUAAAUUAUAAUAUUAUGUCUGUAUAAUAUACGCGAGUGUAAAUACCAGCGUGGAUGUGCCUUAUUAUACGCCCUGUAGUGCCAGUGUUUAUCAAUUCGUUUUCGAAUUCGUUCAUUAAGACGUAAUUUAUUGUCUGUGUAAUUAUUAUCGCGAAACUAUGAUAAUGUCGUUCGCGACCCGCUGAAAUCGCGACCCCGCGAGUUAUUAUAGUACAAAUUAUAAUAUACUAUAUCUAUAUUACAAUAUAAACUAUAUAUGUACGUCGAUAACUCGUAAUCAAAGCAAAUAUCUGUGAUCACCGCUGUAUAUAAUAUAUAAAAUCUUCGUGUACAAUAGUUGCAUAGAAUUAUAUAGAAGACUGCAAGUGACUGAAAAUGCGGUGGAUGACCUGUCCGUGAACAACCAUAGCCGACGAAAAAUGAAUGAAUCGGUGGCCGUGUGCAGCAGACAACAGGGUCCGUCGUAUCACCAUCACGGCCAUCACGUCGUAGUCAUGCCGGCGCAGUGUAACGGUGACGAAUGCCCGGCCGAACCCCAACCAGCCACCGUGGCCGGUUCGUGGACGGCUUACGGCCAUCAGCCCGCGGCGAUCGCCGCCGGUUACCAUCAGCACCACCAUCACCAUCAUCUGCAACAACAGCAGCAACAGCAACAGCAGCAACAACAACAACAACAACAACAUCAACAGCAGCAACAAGACCAUCACCUUCAUCAUCCGCAUCAAGCAAUGCCCGCGGUACCGCCGCCGCAGUCGUUGAUGCACCACCACCAUCACCAUCAACCGGCGGACAGUGGCGGUUACGCGGCGUGGCCGUCGGCGGUCGUAUACAACAAGAGGCGGCUGUCGUACGCGGACGACGUACAGGUGUAUCAUCACCAUCACGCGCCGCCGCCGCCACCGCACCAUCAGCCGGCCGGCACCGCGGCCACCUUGCAAGCCGUCGCGGCCUACAACCCGGCAGCCGUGACGACCUCGACGGCCACGUGCUCCUCGCCCGGCACGUCGUUGGACGAACCGUCUUCUGCGGCCGCCGCGGCGGCUGCGGCUGCUUACCAGACGGCCAACGACUACAAGUACUGGCCGCCCGUGCAACAACAACCGUCGCCCACUGGCACAGGGCGCGUGAGUCCGUACGGUUGGAUGAAGAGAGUCGAGUACCAAGACCGUCCACAACCGGGUAGAACACGCACUAAAGAUAAGUACAGGGUCGUAUAUACCGACUUGCAACGUCUGGAACUCGAGAAGGAAUUCCACUUUAACCGAUACAUCACCAUUACAAGAAAAACCGAGCUGUCCAAAAUGCUGAGCCUGUCUGAAAGACAAGUAAAAAUAUGGUUUCAAAAUAGGCGGGCCAAACAGCGGAAAAUCGAUAAAAAACGAGAAGAGACGAUUAUCAACGAAAACUCGAAACAACUGAUCCAAACGCCCGUCGAUUCGAAUUAUUCGAUCGAGAGCUGUUCGCCCCUGUAAAAUUACCGUUUUAUUCAUACUGUGUAAAUGGUGGUACGAGAUAUUCAACCGAUAUCAUAAUAAUAUUAUAAUAUGUAUUUAUGGAAAAAUCCCACAAAGUUUGAACACAAAGAAAUUGUACGUUAUACAUUUAUUUAAUAUUAUAAUACAUAGAUUGUAAGUUUCAAUUGCGUCUAAAAGAAACGAUAAAACAUUUUUCAUUAUUUUAUUUUUUAAAUACAAUUUAAUUUUUAAUUUUUAAAUUAUUAUAAGCAUAUUAUUAUUACUAUAAUAAAAGUUAUAUUUUUAUUUUAGCUAAUUUUUGAUUACGUGCGCUUGUCAUACCGUUACACUUUUGACUGUAUAUAUAUAGAAUACAUUGUUUAAUUUUAAUUUUAUUUUAACUACGGUAUUAUAAUUAUUGGUGUACAAUGUGUAUUUGUUUUAAUAUAAUACAACUGUUACUCGAAUUUUAAUUUUUACGAAUGAAUAGUGAGCUUAUCGAACUUGUUGAUAUUUUUAAUUGUCGCCGUGGUGUACUUACCUUUAUAGGUUUUAUUGUAAAAAGUAAUAUCAUAUUAUAAUAAUUAUGGGUAUUAACCUACCUAUUAUACCUAUCUCGGUUGUAAUGUAUGUAGGUAUUGGUACUAUGUGCAGUUGUUUACCAACGUUAUUAGAAUAAUAAUGAUAAUAAUAAUAGUAAUAAUAAUAAUUAUUAUUUUAAUAUAAUAAUUAAUAAUGAUUAUUGUUAUUAUGACGACGAAUAUGUUUGUACUUAUUGACGAACGUUUACUGGGUGGCAUGUAAACGAUAUACAUCACUUGGAAUUUUAUUUCUAGAUUGUAAAUAAUAUUGUACUUAAGCAUACUUAAUCCAAACGAAUAUAAGUAGUUGAACUUAAAAUAAGAUUAUAAUAUUAAAAUGUUUUAAAAAAAUAGAGUUGAACAAUAAAUUAUGUGAAUGUUUUAUUGUUUGAUAUCGAAAUAUAUGUUCGGAUCGUUUCAACUCAUGUAGUUUAUU